UCGAAUGAGCGAGGCGGGCGCCCGUGGACCUGCGCGAGCGGAGGAGCGCGAAGACGAGAUCAGACCAUGGUAAUUGGUGUGCUAAGUUCAGUGCAGAAAGAUACAGGGAACAUCUUGAAAAAAGGAAACAGAAGAUUUGGUAACCCUUCAUCCCAAGGGCAGGACAAUCAUACUCGAGUGGAGUCAACAUUCUCCCUGGAUAAAGGCAAUGAUACUAACAGGGCGUGUGUAGUGUCUGCUAGCACAAGAACUCCAGGAGCAUCUAUGCUGUCUAAAUCUGAAGUUAGGUUGACCCUCCAGAGAAGAAAAACUGUAGAUAAAGGAAAUCCCUGCAUUCGUGAUGAAACUAAUGUAAAUGUUGAUGUUGGUGAAGGAGAAAAAAGGCUUACUUUGCAACGCCGCACUAAACUGGGUAACUCAAAAAGAACUAACAAUCUAGAAGAAAAUUCACAAGGCAAAAUACUUACAGCCUCAACGCUGCUUCCAAGUAAUAACCAAUUGCAUACAAAAUACACCACUUUUAUAGGUUUUGGGUCCUCUGCAGAGUCUUCAUUAAUGCAUAAAGUGACAGAUACCAGAAGUUAUCCCUCUACAUUUUUAAAGCAGACUUCAGUUGACAAGGAACAGGAAAAUUCAACAGCUGUCAAGAAAGAGGAGACUCGGAGCAAAUGGUCAACUACACCUAUUAAAAAGGUGGCAGUUGGUAAACCUACUGAAAAUGGUAACAAACAAAAAGCAGACAAAAAGGCCUUUAAAGUACCCUCUGAACAGAAUGUAAUUAGAACCAGGACGUUAACUAGCGAAGGAAUCAAAUUAGCGAUGAAGCUUGGUAAUCGGCAAGAAGCUAAAGGUGCACCUAAUUUUUCUGUUAAAGCAAUGGCCAAAGGUUUCCAAACCACAGACCCAAAAUUGGAUUGUGGGAUUAAUAACAUAAAAUAUUCAUCAAAUUCAGAGAAUAACAGAGAUCAAAAGCCACCCAGAAGUGGUACACUUACAAGAAGUCUUCAACAGGCAGAGGUAUCAUUGCAAAGACCAUGCACGGGGAGUGAAUGUCCAAAUGGAGAAGACAGUGCUGUGACUGUGGCUGUUCGAGUGAGGCCUUUCAGCAAUAGGGAAAAAAAUGAAAAUGCACAAGUGGUAGUUUCCAUGAAAGGACAGGACACGGUUGUGAAACAUCCAGACACCAAUCACACUUAUGCGUUUGUUUAUGACUUUUCAUUCUGGUCAUUUGAUGAAUUGCACCCUGAAUUUUCAAGUCAGGAAACUGUGUAUAACAAAAUAGGACUCCCUCUGCUAGAAAAAAGCUUUAUGGGUACAAACACAUGUCUCUUUGCGUAUGGGCAGACUGGUUCUGGAAAGUCAUAUACAAUGAUGGGCUUCACUGACAAGGGAGUCAUACCAAGAUUCUGUGAACAGUUGUUUGCCAGGGUAACAAAACCUGAACAGCAGGUUACAUACUGCAUUGAAAUGAGCUACUUUGAAGUCUACAAUGAGAAAAUUCAUGACUUGUUGGUUGGUGAAAUGGAAAAAUGGCUGCGAGUGAGAGAACAUCCAGUCUUUGGACCUUAUGUGGCCGAUCUCUCUUCGAAUGUUGUCACCUCUUAUGCAGAUGUUCAUGGAUGGCUAGAAUUGGGGAACAAACAAAGGGCUACUGCAGCCACAGGCAUGAAUGAAAAGAGUUCCAGGUCUCACUCGGUCUUCACACUCGUCAUGACACAGACCAAGACUGAAUUUGUAGAUGAGCAGGAGCAUGAGCAUUGUGUAACAAGUAGAGUAAACUUAGUGGAUCUUGCAGGAAGUGAACGGUGUUUUACAUCUCAGACUUGUGGUGAUAGGCUCAAGCCUUUUACCGAAAGAGGGUGUAAGCUAAAUAAAUCUCUCUUCACCCUGGGAAAGGUUAUUUCUGCACUUUCGGAACAUUUUCAGGCCAAGAAGAAAGUUUUUAUCCCUUAUCGGGAAUCUGUGCUAACAUGGUUACUGAAGGACAGUCUUGGUGGCAAUUCAAAAACAGCUAUGAUAGCUACUAUCAGCCCUUCUGCCUCGAAUGUGGAGGAGACUCUAAGUACACUUAGAUAUGCCAAACAAGCUCGUCAAAUUAUCAAUAUUGCAAAAGUGAAUGAGGACUCGAGUGCAAAAUUAAUUAGAGAUCUGAAAUUAGAGAUUGAAAAGUUGAAAGCUGCUCAGAUGAGUAGCCAAGGAAUUCAGUCUGAGAGAUAUAAGUCAUCCCAACGAGAAAUAGAGGCCUUAAAAUUGAAGCUUCGUCAACAGGAGAGAGAAAUGGUAGAAGCACAUCGGAAAUGGAGGGAAAAGUUGGACCAAGCAGAGAAGAGAAAACUGGAAGAAGCAAGAGAACUGCAGAAAGCAGGAAUCACUUUUAAAGUGGAUAACAGUUUGCCGAACCUAGUAAAUUUGAAUGAAGAUCCACAGAUUUCUGAGAUGCUCUUGUACAUGAUAAAAGAAGGUUGGACAAGAGUGGGAAAACAACAGCCAAACUCCAAGCAUGACAUUCAGCUGUCUGGGGCACUCAUCGCUGACGAUCAUUGUGUUAUACAUAGCUUAAAAGGUGCAGUUAGCAUUGCACCAAUAGGAGAUGCAAAUACCUAUGUCAAUGGACACCUUAUAACAGAGUCAAUGGUGCUGCAUCAUGGAGACAGAGUAAUACUUGGUGGAGAUCAUUACUUCAAAUUUAAUCAUCCAUUGGAAGUUCAGAGUGGACAAAGAGCAUCUUCUGGGAAUGCACUCCUUGGAGAUGCUCCAAAAGACUUUGAAUUUGCGAGAAAUGAACUUCUUCAAGCUCAACGGGCAAGACUUGAAGUCGAAAUCGAAGAGGCACGUUUGCAAGCUAAGCAAGAGAUGAUGCAAGGUAUCCAAAUUGCAAAACAAAUGGCUCAAGAGGAAUUAUCCAGUCAAAAAUCUCUGUAUGAAAAUAAAAUAAGAGAGCUUGAAAAGGAAUUGGUGAAUGAAAGUAGAAAAAAGAAAGAAAUAGAGCUGCAAAAUGUCAAAAAGCAGCUUCAAAAGGAGAUGCAAGCAAACAGACGACUUGAACAAGAACUGGAGAUGAACAGGAAACGCCUCGAAAUGGAGGCCUCAGCCACAAGACAGGCUCUGGAAGAUCAUAAUAUACGACAUGUAAAGUUCCUUGAUGCUCUGGAGGCAGAGAAGAGAAAGAUGGCACAAGAUUUGGAGCGGAUGCAGCAAGAACAAAAAAAGAGAUGGGAGGCUCAAAAUAUUACUUCAUGUACAAGCCAUUCAUACUGGAGCUCCAUGAAGCUUUCAAUGAUGAUCCAGGAAGCUAAUACCAUUAGCAGCAACUUGAGGAAGCACACUGUUUUCAGUAGACACGAGCCUGACAACAAAAAUGAAAGCCUGAAAAUUCCAAUUCAGGUUCAGGUUAAAAAUACUAAGUUGGGCAUAAGCACUUUCUGGAGCUUGGACAAAUUUGAAUGCAAGUUGGCGGCUAUGAGAGAACUCUGUCAGGGCACAAGGCAUUCUGGAGAGGAGGACAUAUUUUAUGACCCCAAUGAUGACUGGGAAACUGACUUGAUGCUCUCUUCCUCUUUCUCUAAAAGACGAAGUAAGAGUUUUUUCCGAAGCAAACGAAUGUCUGGAUGUUUAGCAGGAAUCCAAGCACUUACCAUUCAAAAUAUGCAACCUGCGCAUACAGAGUUACUGAACCUGUCUCAAAGUAUAUGCCCAGCGGUCUCUGAGUCGACAUUGCCUGCAAUUUGUAAGGAAAUUUUGGGUGCAGCUGUUGAUUUUCUGGGAAGAAGUCACGUAGCACAAGAAAACAUUCCUGACAGACUUGUUAUUGACCUCCUCACUGUUCAUAAAGGAACAAUGGAAAUUUUUAAUACUUAUGAAAAGCUCGAUGCAGAAAGUCAAGAAAAUUUGUUCACCAAUAAUCAAACUAUGCAGUCUUGCUGCGUCAGAACUGCAUCAAAUUUUGAAAGGGUGACAAUUCUAGUGAAGCUUUGGAUAGACACUACCCCACAAGACACUUGCUUUGGGAUGAUUGAAGAUGAACUGCUUGGGGAAGUUCGAACAUUGGGGCGAAACUUACAACUGUUAUUGCAGGGCUGUGAUUCAGAUAUUUCCUCUAUGGUAGUGGAAGCUCGGAACAAAAUAAGCCAAACAAUUAGAAGACUUGUAAAGCACAUAGGUCACUUGGCAGCCUUCAUGGGCAUGGAGCUGCAUUUUGACGAAGAGAACAUGGAUGAUUCACAUCGUUACAAGAGAAGUGUUUUGGCCAGUUUUUUUGAGGGGGCAAUUUCUGGAAUGGGAAGUCUCCUGGAUGUUGGCCUAAAAAGAAUAAAGGAGCAUCAGAAGUUGCUGCAAAAAGAAUCAUCAGAUAUGGAGGCAGUUGAGCAACUGAAGAAGAAGAGUAUGGCACUGUCUGUAUCAAUCCAGAACUAUCUCAUGGAACUUAAAAAGCUGGGUGCUCAAAUCGAAGAAAACAUAACCUGUUAUAUAGAGUCCCUCAAGACCCUGCUCACAGUUGCUGCUGAAAUGGUGAAGUUCAAUGAAAGUUCUCACAAUUUGUACCAGAUGAUGACUUUGGUGCUGAAAGGUGACAGUGCGGCCAAUGAUCAACUGAAAAAGUUCAUAGAAGUGGUUUGUUCAUCAGUAAAGGAAGUGGCUGGUAAAGUUGGUAGGCUUUGGGCUCCCUCAUGUCAUGAGGUAAAUGCAUCCUCUGUCAGAGAAAGUAAAUCGCACAGAAAAGAAUCUCAUUUAGCACUCAGUGAAAUAGACCUGGCUGCCUGCUCUCUCCUUGAUUUAAUUGAAUAUCUUCAAGAUAAAGAGAGACACCCAAGCUGCUCUGACACCAAUGAAAAGAAUGAAGAAAAGAUCAAGGCUUCUACAGAUGUUAACUCUGCUACUUGGUGCGGUAGAGGAGUUAAGAAAGUUGUAUACACACUCCAAGGAACAACUUCAACUUCAGAAAAAUCAUCAAGAAGUGCACAAUGGGUUUGAAAGAUUAUCUAUCUGAAAUUAAUCAAAUUUUUAAUAUCAUAAGCAAUAACAUGAUAGCUUCAUUGCACUUGAGUUAUGAAGGUUUACGAUCUACAGAAUCGGUUGUAUAUUUUUACUAUUGGAAAAUGAAACAGGUACAUUUAAUAUUGUUGCUAUUUAUCACUGAACUCCUAAUUGAUUUUUUGUAAACUUUUUGUACCGAAAAUGCACCCUUUUGCCUUAUACAAAAUGCGUUUUACUCCCUCUCUUCCCUCAGGGGUUGGUACCAUGUUUCACAAAAAACAUGGUUGAAUAAUAUUUUCGUUACAUUAAUGUGUUUUAGCCAAUGAGAACAACACCAGGUCAGCUGGGCUAAUACCCCACCUGGUAUGGAGCUGCCAUACCUCCUUGAUACCUCUCCUUGAUAGUACAGACAGAAUAUCCACCUGUCAUAUUUAGAUCUGGAGACAAGGAGCUGCAUCAUCAGACCCUGGGUCAAUGCCUUAAUGGCAUUGCUCUGAUCUUGCCAUAUGAUCACAAGGCUUUUGAAGGGAAGAGCUUUUGCUUUGUGAUCCAGGCUUGACAAUAGCUUGGAUAAGUUCAUACUUCUAAUUCAGAUAUUUUGAAUUUUACUGCAUGGAGGUGAAAGAUUAAAUUCCAGCUUUUGCUGAUAACCAUUUUAAUUGCAAUUUCUAGUUUAAAACCGGCCACAGAGUUCUUACUCACCUCUCCCAAGCAAAAAUGAUCAGAGUCCAUUUAAGAACAAUUGGUACAGGGAAAGUGCAUAUGAUCUGGGCUGAAUCAUACUGCAAUGUAUUUCAGCUGCCUCAGUAAUGUGAGUUAGGUGAUGUUAUUAUCUGAUUCUUCCACAGAAGUGAGAUUGUUGUUUUAGAGAAAGCACAAAAUGUGUGCAUGCAAUAAUAUCUAAAAAUAAUGAUGAACGUAGUUAUCAUCUUCCUCACACCAUUAUUACAGCUUCCUGUUUCGUUCUUUAAACUGAAGUUAAAAUAACUGUGGUGCAAUGAGUUUGCACAUUGAUCUUUCACUUCAGAUAAACAUAAUGAUUAAAAAGUUUCUCUGCUGCUGCAAAGAUAAUGCAUGAAGAGGUUUUGACAGUCUCAAAAGUGCCCAUCGUUUGCAAAUUCUCAAAGAAGUUGUUGGAGUAGUUAAUGUAACUAAUAAAAUUUGAAUAUAAUGUGGUGGAUGGGUAUUGUUCUGUGUUGUGCAUCAAACUACACUAUUCAAGUGUGCUUUACUAUGCAGCUGACAACUUGGGAAUCCUUAUAACGGUACAAUGGUUAAAAUGUGUCUGGAUAAUUCUUUCGAGCAUACUCUUCUCAGUUGUGAACAGCCAAGCAGUUAUGUUUAUAAUGUGUUUUUGUGCUCCAAAGAAAAAGUAGAGUAUGUUAGAAUUGGGGCUAAUGAAUUUUAACUGGGCUCAGGUAAUUUGUUUAUUUUGGUAGGGAAUUUUUUGUUUGAACGUUACAAAAAAAUCUGAGUGGUUAAACUGACAUGCCAUUCCUUGUAUUUCAAGAAUCAAGGUUGACUGUUCAGUCUUGAAAGAGUAAAAGCAAAGGGCUAAAUAGCACUUGCAUUAGAGUUAUUACAGCAUUAAAGACUACAUAAUUUAUUUGCACCACUACCCACAUCUGUUGACUUUACUGAUCUGUACUUAAAAAGUGCCUUGCUUCUUUAUGAUCAUGUAAUUCAA